AUGGGUAUAUCUGACGGUAGCAAAUUCCUUCCCCACUCCCACACACAGUCCCUACCACCCGCCAGCAGAUUGGGCUGGAGGCAAGCUAUUAGCAAGUUAACUAGUUUGAAGGUGGCCUCUGACACCAAUAACGUUUGUAGAUCAUUAUGGAGUUCAAAAGUCAGGAAAGGGUCAUGGACUCCUGAGGAAGAUGACCUCUUAAGGAAGUGCAUUCAGAAAUACGGGGAAGGUAGAUGGUGCCUGGUUCCUACAAGAGCAGGAUUGAGAAGAUGCAGGAAGAGCUGUAGAUUGAGAUGGUUGAACUAUCUCAAACCAGACAUCAAGAGAGGAGCAUUCACAGAAGAUGAAGUUGACUUGUUGAUCAGACUUCAUAAGCUGCUAGGCAACAGGUGGACAUUGAUUGCUUGUAGACUUCCAGGAAGAACAGCUAAUGACAUAAAGAACUUCUGGAACACCAAUCUAGGCAAAAAGAAGAUCGUUUCUUGCAAGAAGGGUGAUAAUGUCAAAGAAAAAACUCAGAAGACAACCAAGAUCGAUGUCAUAAAGCCUUGA